AUGCUUCUCCCUUUAAGGCCACACUCAGCUGCUGAAGGAGAGCAUCGUUGGUAUUGUUGCAUCUCUGGUCUCCUCCUUCCUCCCUCCUCCUUUCCCCUCCCUUCACUCAUCCAUCCAUCCGUCCACCCCCUCUCCUCUCCACACACGCACACCGAUUUGCGCAUCGCCUCCUCCGGCACAAUGACCAACGAUUCUCCGGAGGAGGAGACCCGAGCCCCGGGCGGCGGAGGAGGUGUCGGAGGUGGGAAAGUAAUCACUCGAAGGAACCGAGCGGACGACAAUGUGACCAUCCUGACAUCCUCCAUGGAUUUACACAGAGCCAGCCGGAGCCGAGCCAGCAGCAGCAACGAUCCCGCCCCGAGCAUCACAUCCUCCGUGGAUCUGAGUACCUCCUCUCUGGAGCUGAGCAUCCAGACGCGGAUCUUUAAGAUCAUCGUCAUCGGGGACUCCAACGUGGGGAAGACCUGCCUCACCUUCCGCUUCACCGGGGGAAGCUUCCCCGACAAGACCGAAGCUACUAUCGGCGUGGAUUUCAGGGAGAAGGCGGUGGAGAUUGAAGGGGAGACUAUCAAGGUGCAGGUAUGGGACACAGCAGGCCAGGAGCGAUUUCGUAAAUCCAUGGUGGAACACUACUACCGCAAUGUUCAUGCUGUGGUCUUUGUGUACGAUGUCACCAAGAUGGCUUCCUUCCGCAACCUACAGACAUGGAUAGAGGAGUGUAAUGGCCAUCGGGUCUCGGCAUCAGUACCUCGAGUCCUGGUGGGAAACAAGUGCGACCUUGUGGACCAAAUACAGGUGCCCUCCAACACGGCGUUGAAGUUCGCCGACUCCCACAACAUGCUGCUGUUUGAGACGUCGGCCAAAGACCCGAGGGAGAGUCAGAACGUUGACUCCAUCUUCAUGUCUCUGGCCUGCCGCCUGAAAGCCCAGAAAUCCCUCCUCUACAGAGACGUGGAGAGAGAGGAUGGGAGAGUCCGGCUCACACAAGAGACUGAAACAAAGAGUAAUUGUCCGUGUUGAGGAAAAGGAGAAGUGGGAGGCAUAAUGGAAGGGGAAGAGAGAAGAGUAGCUGUACAUGUCAAGGAAGAGGAGGAGAGGGAUGAUAGGAGAGUGAGGUUACAACAAGAGUCUUUUAAAUUAAGUGCAACUUUCCUGGUUUAGGAGAAGGAAUGGGGGGGUUGAGGCUGACACUAAGAGCAACGUUUUUCAAGGGGACUGAAACAUCAUCAAUAUUCUUGUUCUCAAGGAUGAGGAUAGGGAUUAGGGGUGAGGAUGGAGAGUAAAGAGGACAAAGAGAUUUAUUAACAAUUCAGAAAUGAGACGAUGUUGUCUUUAAACUGCAGCAUAGUGUAGAAAUUCGUCCAAUUUAUUGAAAUAUAGACAGAAACAGAGUACAUUCAGUGUGCCCAGUGAACAGGCAAACACAGGAGAUGAGUCAUUUGGGGAUCUACAACAAACAGUCUUGAUGUAAGAGGCUGUUGUUUCCUGCCCUGGUUUGGUGUUUAUGACAGCCAUUACUAUCAGGAACAUUCUGAGGCAACAUAUUAGAGCAGUCUUGUUUUUGCUGCCUUAUUCAUAUUGAUUUCAUCCACAUCCUAGCUGAACACAGAUUUCACAACCCUUCUCUACUGCCUUAAAAAGCUGCAUCUGUCUUGGUUUCAAGAACUCAUUCAGGCAAAAGUAGCAGAGAGGUUUUAAGUAUUUUAAUUGCUUGAGAUGAUCUUGGUUUGUACAAACAACCAAACACUCUCUUGCCUCCUAAGUGGCUAAGUACUUGAGAGAUUGAAUGAGACUAUUUUUGUCUCAGAAUCUUAAUGUACCUGAUAUCUAUCUGGGUCAGUCCUUCACAAGUUGACUUAAAAUUACUGUGAGAUCACGAAUACAUAGGAAAAAUGAGAAAACACCUCUCAAACAAACUAUGGCUGAAAUACGGGGGGAAAGUGUAGGUGAGCUCAAAGGACCUACACAGGAAGACCUUGACAACAAGGUUUCCUGAAAACAGAACAUUUAGAGGUUGUCAGGCAGCAUGUCACAUAUUGAUUUAGAGGCUGUAAGAUCCUCUUACCCUUAUGCAGGAGAAAUGCACUCUCCUACAAAGAAGGGCCGUCAAGGCAAGGCUCCCUUUUCUCAUCUAAUCCUGAUGUAAACAUAUCUUCUCUAUGCUUACCCUCUGGCAAAGUGGCUUAUCCAGCUUUCCCUUUGUGUGCAAAUGUAAAAACACCCAGUCUUUGCCAUAUGUGACCUCAAGACAGCCAGUCAGCCAGUCAGCCACAGCAAUUCCAUACUCAGUAAUGACCAUUAUUCAAAAUAAAGGCCUUCUGUUUACUAUGUAUAGACAUAUAUCUGCAUGUGUAUGCAGAAUCUGUAGGCAACAGUACAAGAUUUUGGUAUCAGAAACAUUCUGGAGUAGUAUUGACCAAUCAUGUUUGAGCAAGCUUUAGUUGCUUGCAGGUUAACAGUUUGUGCGGAGAGGCGGAAUGCACUGGCCUAAAUGCAAUCUCUGAACCCAGCAGCUAUCGUCUGAUGAAGAUUUAGCUUUUUAUUAGCUUUUUUAAGAAAUGUAUCUGUAUUCAUAUGCAGAUAGAGAAUAGAUGAAAUGGCUGGUGCAUGAAAGAGGAAGUCUUGGCCUGGAUAUCCACUGGCUCAACCCAAUUGCCAGAAAAAAAUGUUGCCAUUGUGCAUUUCUGCAAACUGUCGAAACAGCCUGAAAGCCAAACUCCAGGCUUCAAAACGGGAGUCCACAACCAAUGAAUGACAUCAUGGCAGCUACGUCCAUUCAUUUUACAGUCUAUGGUUUAGGCAAAAAAAAAAAAAACAUUAGUUUUAGUUAAGUAAAGAUCAUGUUGGGGCUUAAAAAACUGGUUUUGAUUGGUAAAAAACAACCGCUUUUUGCGUCACUGUCCCUGAUGGAAAAACAGGGAGGGGUCACUAAAAAACACCUACGUUUAGUGGCUAAACAGAUGAUUUGCUAAAAAACAACUGGUUUUGUUGGUGUCAAACAGCGGUCUGCAGCUUGGCAAGCGUUUUGCAGGCAUCUCACCUAAGUGUCAAGCCAUCCACCAUUCCCUUCAUCUCCUGAUGACACAGUCAGCUUAUAAACUACGUCACUUAUGAAAUGUUGAAAUGUAACGUAUUUGUGGUUUGCAGAAACUUACAAUGCCAACAUUUUCUUCUGGUGACUGAGAUGGCUGGCUUCACUGAAUCUCCCAAAACAUUGUUCUGAGAUUUCCUUCAGUCUGUCUUCGACAAUGUGCUCUCCUCAUCAAUAUCACUGCCUCCAGUCUCGGAGAGGACAGGAAACAUGAUAGAAAACUGUGACCCCUGUAUAGAUACUGGAUAUAUUUAUACUGCGACACAUCCUGAGCCCAGGUGUAUGGUACAGUAUGAGUGACUUUUAAGCUUGGUGUCUGUAUAAGGGAAUGAGUCCAUGAUGACACAGGCUGCAUGAAACAUUGUAGAAAGCCAUAUUCAUUAUUUAAUGUGCACAGAGAUGCAGAGUGUUUUACAUUCAGAGAGCUCCAGCUGGGUUGUGGAUGGAAGAACACUGUACAUGACUCAGUGUUGAAGCUAUGGAGCAUUUGUAAUAAGGCAUCAAUUCACAAGUCUGACCAUAAUGCUGUCACUUUGCUACGGCAGCACUUUCACCAUAUCUUACCCUAUUUUAACACUGUAGCCUAAUUUUGCAAUCCUAUUAAUGUACUUGGAUGCCAUAUGUAAAAAAUUCAGAUCAGUGAGCAUUUCAGACCAGUGUACCCUCCAAGCUGACAGUCUGAUGACCUAAUUAAUAUCCCACUGAGCAACCUAAACACUGUGAAGAUGAAGUUAAUGAAAUCCAUACGGCUAUUGUCUCAGCUGUAUCAGGUUUUGUUGAUUUUUAUUCAGACAUUCUUGAGUUUCAAACAUGUUUGUAUCAGAGGUAGCAGGAUCAAGCAGCCGUCACAGGUGAAUAAAAUAGCAUUAUUCUAGUCAUUCUUAGUGUAUGUAUGGAGAAAUCUGUGGCAUGGAACCCAGAGCCAUAGCUGAAACAAAAGCUGGGCAAAAGAACUCAUGAAAAAUAGGAUAACAUUCAUUCAUCCAUUUUCUGAACUGCUUGUACUGUUCAGGAUUGUGGGGGGGGGGGGCUGGGUCAUAUCCCAGCACAUAGUACGGGAAAGGGCAGGUAUACCCUACAAGUCUUUACCUGUUAACAUAUGUCUGGCUCUGUUUAACAUUGAGUUAGCAUAACCAGGCUAAUGAAGUUACUGACUGCACUAGCCUAAUAAGAAGAAAAAUGUGCUGUGGGGAAAAAGAAGAACGUGCCUGUUUUCUCUCCAGAUCUGAAGAAAAUAACAUUUGGUUUCAAGUGACUGAAGGAGAAAAAGAAAGGUAGUAAACAGUUAGUCUUUAAUGUCAUUUAUGACUCAUAAUUAUAGUGAUGAUUUCAUAUAUUACAUUAAGCUCCAUCUUAAGUUUUGUUUUUCAAACAUUUGAAAUCAUGUCCAAUUCGUAUUUCAUCCAGAUCUAAAAGUUAAGAAUACAAAUGUACAGUGUGCUUGCUUGCCUUCCCGUUUCCUUGUACUGUACAUACAAUGUUUUAUUUGUUAUCUUUUGGUUUUUCGUUUGUUUGUUUGUAUUUUAUUUAAUUUAUUAUUUUUGUUGUUAUUAUUGAUAUUGGGUAUUUUUUUGGUAGGGAGGGGGUGCAGGUUUUUUUUUUUUUUGCCUUUUUUAAUAACCCAUGUUUGCUCUGAAAGGGAUGCCUUGACAUUUUGAAAUUUACCCUGGUAUUUUUGUUUAUCUGCAAAAAUUCACAAUGUUGAAAAGGGUCCUAUAUGUGCCAUUAAAAAAUGUCCAUGUGGGGAAUGGGACCUUGUGAAAUCAGAUCAUAACCUUGAUGAAUUGUUGAUGGUCCUAGAGAGCAAAUGACAGAAAAUUAACCUUGAACUAUUUUGAUAAUGGAUUCAUUGAUUUUUCAAGCAAAUAUGCCAAAAUUUUCUCUGGUUUCAGCUUCUCACAUGUUUUCCUUGGUCUUAUAUGACAGUAAACUGAACAUCUUUGUGUCUUUAACUGUUGGUCAGGCAAAAUGGCAAAAUAAGGCAUUUAAAUAAGUCAACUUGGGCUUUGCAAAAAUGUGAUUGGCAUUUUUCACUAUUUUUCACAUUUUAUACACCAAACAUUUAACUGAUUCAUUGAUUAAAAUAGUUGUGAGAUAAAUCAGUAAUAAAAAUAAGAGGCCGUUGUAGUGCUACAGGGUACAACACAUCAGCAGGGUUUCCCUCAGUCAGAGAACACUGGCUAUAUGCAUUACCUUUGGCAACUGUUAUACACAUAACCAUUAGGUAAUGUAUAUAAUAGUGCUGGUGCAGGCUAGAUUGUGAGCUAGCUAUUUUCAGCUUUCACUUAAACUGUCCUGUCAUUGAUUUCAAGAUCAUUUUAACCCCUUUAUCCCUCGGUAAAAAUUCUAAUAAUGUAAUAUUUACUAAUGUAUGUGGAGACAUUUCCUUUCCUCUCCACAGGAGGAGGUCUAUGGUGUCACAUUGAGCGCAAUGGUGCAAAAAUAGAAUGAGAAAAAAAACACAAUUAGAAAAGAUUAACUGCAGAAAUAAUUUUGUAAAAAUGAAAUGCUGAAAUAGGUCCAGUGUGUAGGAUUUCAGGAAAUAUAUUGGCAGAAAUGUAAUGCAAUAUUUAUAACAAUAUUCUCAUUUGUGUAUAAUCAGCUGAAGCUAAGAAUCAUUUUGUGUUCCUUACCUUAGAAUGAACCGUUUAUAUCUACAUACAAAGUGGGUCCUCUUCCAUGUAUUUCGCCAUGUUGUUUCUACAGUGGCCCAGAACGGACAAAUCAAACACUGGCUGCAAGUAGGGCCAUUUGCGUUUUCACAUCGGCCAUUGUAAUUCUUCUACACACUUGGCACACGGGAGAAGUUUCAGUUGGUUGCAAUCUGCAAUUUCACCACUAGAUGUCACCAAAUCCUACACACUGGACCUUAAAAUGAUCAACAUGAAUCCCAUCAGAAAAUAUAAAAUGUACAUAAAAGCCAAGUUAAACUCAAGUCAAAUUUUAAAUUUUAUCGACUAAAAAGAGUUUUUAUCUGCUUUUAUAUUAUUCCUCAACUUUUAGUUUUAAGGUUAAGUUUUUUUCAAACGCCUAUUUUGUAAGGGGCUGGGUUCAGUGCCAGGAGGCCACCUGUAGCAACCUGCGUGAUUGACGCAGGUCUAAACUCCAUAGCUAAACUCUAUUUUUAUUGCCAUUUUUAUGGAUAACAGUUAAUCUACAUAACAUGGAGUUAAAAUGGAUAUAUUUUUGUUUGCUUGCUUAAUGUGACACCACAGAAGUUUGAGGUCAGUCAGCUACAGAGCAGCAGCCCUUACUCAACAACUCUUCAGCACGAUGGAUGCUUGCCGAUGGGGAUUCGCACCCUCAUCCUUAUAACGCAGUACAUACUACCUAGUCAACACUACAAACCAUUUCAGAUAGAAAGUCAAAUUACCAAGUUACUCCUUUAACAAAAGCCUUAAGAGUGGUGUUACUUGAUUUUAUGAUGUUGUCAUCAUUUUAUGAUAAUUGUGAAAUCUGAGAUGACAAUGUUUUCUGGCUGUGAGUUUAUUGUUUUGGACUGUAUCAGAUUGUCUUCUUCUAUAUGUUUCAUAUGUAACAUUGUUGUUGUUACAAUCUCACAAAGGGACUUCUGAUAAAACUGCUGA